GCGGGUGAGGAAGCAGAUCUUGCAAUCAAACUCAUCUUUCCGAUGCAGAGGAACACUGGCGAUGGAAUGGAGAAGAGAGGGUGGGUGAGAGAAUGCUGGUGCACAGAGAGGAGAAGAAAGGGAUGGAAAAGGUCAAGUCUAUAGCAAUUGAGCAAGUGGAACAACCUCGCCUCGUCCAAUAUCCCGUGCCGGCCCGGACCUGUGUGCCUGAGACCUGCAUUCUCAGAUCCACUCCACACAAACCCUCAUAGAAGAGAAGGAGAGAGAGGCUUCAUCGGCACUGAUGGAGGCCACGGCGUUGAGCAUCGGCAAGUCUGUGCUGAAUGCAGCGCUUCGAUCCGCCAAGUCUCCCGUAGCAGAGGAGGUGGCCCUGCAGCUCGGGGUCCAGCGCGACAAGGCCUUCAUCACGGACGAGCUGGAGAUGAUGCAAUCUUUUCUGAUGGUGGCGCACGAUGAGCGAGAUGAGCACAACAAGGUGGUCAGGACCUGGGUGAAGCAGGUCCGCGACGUGUCCUACGACGUCGAGGAUGGCAUCCAGGACUUUGUCGUUCAUAUGAAGAAGCAGUCCUGGUGGCGCAUCCCUUGCACACUCCUCAACCGGCGCCAUGUUGCCAAGCAGAUGAAGGAGCUGAGGACCAAGGUCAAGGAUGUGAGCGAGAGGAACUUGCGCUACAGCCUCAUCAAGGGCUCUAGCUCCACUGAGCCUGCUGCUACAGCUGCUGCCACCAUGUUUGGUGUUGAAGAAGCAAGGCACGCCGCAAAGAAACACCAAUCAAGAUCGGAUCUUGCCCAACUGAUCAACCAGGAGGGUGGCAACCAAAUUGGAGUGAUCGGUGUAUGGGGAACAAAUGGCAGUGUUGGGCAUACCUCCAUCAUCUGGGAGGCCUACGAGAAUCCAAUCGUCAAAUUGAAUUUUCCGUGCCGAGCAUGGGUCAGGGUGAUGCGCCCUUUCAGUCCAACAGAAUUUGUCCAGAGUAUGGUGAAACAAUUUCAUGCAACAGUAGGAGUUGGUGUUCUGCUGGAGGGCGAAAGGAAGGGUCAAGAUUUGGCUCAAGCCUUCAAUGGAUAUGUCAAUGAGAAGAGGUGCCUGAUUGUGCUUACUGACCUGUCCACAAUUGAAGAAUGGCACCAGAUCAAGAUUUGCUUCCCAGAGAACAAACUAGGGAGCCAGAUCAUAGUAUCCACAAAACAUGUUGAAGUUGCAAGCCUGUGUCCAGGUCAACCAAGUACGGUGUCGGAGUUGAAGCAAUUGUCUGCUGAUCAGACCAUCUAUGCUUUCUACAAACAGAGUUCUCAUGACGUUACCUAUCCAUCAAAGCCAGCAUCUACCACAAAGUUAUCCAACAUCCCUGAGAAUGAGAUACAAGAAGAUCAAUCCAAUGCUGAUGUUGAGGGAAAUAUGACAGUGCAAAAGAGGUUCACACGCACCUACACAAUGGCAGGUGUUCUGGAGGAAUUUCAGCUUAUUGGGCGAGAGAAAGAAAAAUCUGAUAUUAUUGAACUAAUUGUAGAACAAGCUAGCACCCAUCAAUUUCAGGUGAUAGUAGUAUGGGGAAUGGGUGGUCUUGGAAAAACCACUCUGAUAAAAAAUGUUUUCGAGAGCAAAGAUGUCACUGCCAUGUUUGGGAAAUAUGCUUUUGUCACAGUCUUGCGACCUUUCAAGCUUGAGGAACUCCUUAGGAGCUUGGCAUUGCAACUAGAUGCAAACAAGGGAUCCAUGGACUUUGUAGGUGACACCCAAAAAAACAUUGCUUUGAUGGGAGUUGCAGAGUUGAUUGAAGUGUUGGGCAGACGUUCAGAAGGAAAGAGUUGUUUGAUUGUUCUUGAUGACCUGUCAUCUAGCACAGAAUGGGAUAAAAUGUUGCCAUGUUUACAUGCAAUGGAAAAUCUGGUCAUUGUGAUAACCACAAGGCGAGAGGAUAUUGCUAAGCAUUGUUGCAAAAAACCGAAGUGCAUACGCUUGCUCAAUGGUCUUGAAGAGAAGGAUGCAAGUCACCUGUUCACAAGAAAGGUAUUUAAGAAUAGGACUACUGAUUUGGCUGAGCAAUAUCCUGCAUUGGUUGAACCAGCAAAACUAAUCCUAAAGAAGUGCAAUGGACUUCCCCUUGCGAUCGUCACCAUAGGUGGCUUCUUGGCUGAUCAACCAACAAAAAUUGCUGCAGAGUGGAGAAAACUGGAUGAGCAUAUCAGUGUUGAGCUGGAGAUGAAUCCAAAGUUUGAGGUCAUAAAAACAGUUCUCAUGAAAAGUUAUGAUGGCCUACCCUAUUAUCUCAAGUCUUGUUUCUUGUACAUGUCCAUCUUCCCUGAAGACCGCAAUGUUAGCCGGAGACGUUUGGCUUACCGAUGGAUUGCUGAAGGUUAUGCACGAGACAAGGCCACAGCAGAUAGAUACUUCAUGGAACUCGUAGAGAGAAGCAUGAUAUUACCAACUCAGCAAUCAGCUUGCAGCAUACAAGGAUUUGACUCCUGCCAGCUACACGAUCUGAUUCGUGAUAUCAGCAUUGCAGAGUCGAUGGAGGAAAAUCUUGUUUUCAGGUUGGAGGAAGGCUGCAGCUUGAAUACCCAUGGUGCAGUGCGUCACCUUGCCAUAAGCAGCAACUGGGAGGGUGAUGAGCGCGAGUUGGAGAGCACCAUGGAGCUGUCCCGUAUACGAUCAUUGACAGUGUUUAGCAAGUGGAAGCCAUUUUACAUUUCUGAUAAGAUGAGGUUUCUCCGGGUGCUGGACCUGGAAGGAACAAAAGGGUUAAGAAGUCAUCACCUUGAGCACAUUGGGGAGCUUCUUCAUCUGAGAUACCUCUCUCUACGUGGGUCUAGUUUGGUCUGUUCCCUCCCAGAUUCGGUGGGUAAUCUGAGACAACUUGAGACACUAGACAUCAAGCAGACGGGUAUAGCUAUGUUGCCCAGAACCAUCAUCAAGCUUAGUAAGCUAUGUUAUCUCCAUGCUGGUAAAGAAUCAGGGGAUAACAAUGAGCUGAAUUAUUUUUCAAAGCAUCGAAAUAUCUAUGCAGUGCAAUAUGUAGUAUGCUGCUCAGAUGAGUUUUUUGAAGAUGAUCUUGAUAGAUGUGAUGUUUGCACUCUUGCUUGCUGCAUACUGUACCCUAAUAUCAUUAGGGGCAUAGCUUCUUCCGGUGUUAAGGUGCCAAGAGGGACUAGAAAACUGAAGGCCCUGCGUACAUUGCGGUAUGUGCACCUUGCCUGGGGAAAUGACGUUAUAAAAGAGAUAAAAGGCCUUACAAGCCUGCAGAAGCUAGGAGUGGUCGGCAUCAAUAAGAGAAAUGGUCCGGGUUUCUGUUCGGUCCUUUCUAGUCUCAGCCAUCUUGAAUCGUUGUCAGUGCGGUCAGGUGAUAGCUUAAAUGGCUGUUUGGAUGGCAUGUCCACAGCUCUGGAAAACCUGCAGAGCCUCAAGCUAUCCGGCAGCCUGGAAAAAUUGCCGGAAUGGAUCAAGGGGCUCCAAAAUCUCGUGAAGCUCAAGUUAGAACUCAGCAGGCUAUCAGGGAACCUUGAAGCCAUGCAAGUUCCUGGGAACCUACCAAACCUAUCCAUUCUGGGUUUGUCGGAUCACUGGCUUAAGAUCGAUGUACUCCAGUUCCAGACUGGCCUUUUCAGAAGGCUCACGGUGCUUGAUCUUUUCUACACAAGUAUGGAAAUUAAAUUAGUGAAGUUUGAGAAAGAAUCAGUGCCCAAUCUUGAGUUGCUGACCCUUAGCAUUGGAAAUACUGCGAUUGCCUUCUCUGGGCUAGAACUUCUCCAAAACAUCAAGGAAGUACGGCUUGGUGUUCAUUGUAGCUGGUUUACACCCAAAACAUCAAGAAAUGGGAAAAUUGAAAGAAUGAGUAAGAGAAUGCAUGAAUGGAUGAAAGAAGAAGAAAAGAAAUACAAACCCGUGCAAGAUAAAGUCAGGAAGGAGAUGCAGAUGCAGCUUGAUAGGAAUAAGAAUCGACCCAUCUUGAAGGUGCAAUGAGCUCAGAAACCUGGGGCUACCUCUGUCCUAAGUAUCCUUACUGAGUGGCCGUCAUGCCAUGCUAUUGGAAAAUAUAUCUUGUGCCCACUCUCUUGUUUUUAUGUCUUGCAUUGGUUGUUAUAUUCUAAUAAUGGAUUGAAAUAAAGCCCACACGAGUCGACGGCACUGUUGUUCUGCGCAUGUUAGAGGUGGUUUUUCUUGUCUGCUUUGGGGCUCUGUUUUGAUUUUCUGAAGAAUGAAUGGCCACUGUAAUAUAUGAUGCCGUGUAACUGUCUGUUCCGGUGACGUGUGCACCAUCGCUGGGCUGCAUAAUAAGGGUAUGGCGAUAUCUAUCUUUGGUGAUUGUAAACUGUUUGGAGUAGAUGGAGAAAAUUCGUGGGUACUCUGUACUAUGUUGUAUCAUCUGCGAUGCAAUGUAACCCUUUUCUUUUGCCCUUGGUGGUCAGGAUGCCAUUUCUGCUUUUCGGCUCUGCUUUGAUUUCUUGAAGAAUGAGUCAGGCACUGCAUUACAAGAUGCUCUGUAACUGUAAUUCUGUACGUUCCGGCCGGCGAUGUGCAUGCCAUCGUUGGGCUGUUCUAAUAACGCGGCAGUAAUAUCUU